AUGCCUUACUUGAAACUCUCUGAUGGAACUGAUUACUACUACAAGGACUGGGGUACUGGUACGCCAGUGGUGUUCAGCCAUGGUUGGCCGUUGAGUGCUGAUGCUUUCGAAGAUCAAAUGAUCUUCUUGGCUCUGAAGGGAUACAGAGUCAUUGCUCACGAUAGGAGGGGCCAUGGAAGAUCUUCGCAGCCAUGGGAAGGAAACAAUAUGGACCAGUAUGCUGACGACUUGGCGGAAUUGGUCAAACAUUUGGACUUGAAAAACGCCAUCCAUGUGGGUCAUUCGACUGGAGGUGGAGAAGUCGCCAGAUACGUGGGUCGUCACGGCACCGAUAGAGUUCAGAAGGCUGUCUUAAUUGGUGCGGUGCCUCCUCUCAUGUUGAAGACUUCCAGUAACCCCAAUGGAACACCCAUCGAUGUUUUCGAUGACAUCAGAAGCAACGUGUUGAAGGAUAGAUCGCAAUUUUUCAAGGAUUUGGCUCCAGCUUUUUACGGCUUCAAUCACAACAAGGAUCAGACUUCCCAAGGUUUGAUUGACAGCUUCUGGUUGCAAGGAAUGCAAGCUUCCAUCAAAUCUCUCUACGAUUGCGUCAAGGCUUUCUCUGAAACGGAUCAGACCGAAGAUUUGAAGAAGAUGUCCAUUCCAACCUUGGUGAUCUACGGAGAUGACGACCAAAUUGUGCCUCCCGUCGCAUCGAGCGAGGCUGCAGUGAAGUUGUUGCCUCAAGGUACCAGCAAGGUCUACAAGGGUGCUUCUCAUGGAUUAUGUACCACCCAUAAGGACCAGAUCAACGAAGAUCUUCUUGCGUUUAUUGAGAAGUAA